AUGGCGCUCGAUCCAGGCUCUAGAGCGUGGACGGGCUCGCCCGAGAGCUCUGGGCGAGAUUCCCCCAUCCCUCGACAAUGGCGCAACCAACUUAGCGGGGAAGAAGUUCCUACCAAGGAUAAAGCAUACCGAAGAUACGCGUCAGGAGUGGAAAAGGCGCUAUCGCUCUUUGAGACUGCCCUUGAGGAAUGGGCCGACUACAUCUCUUUCCUGAACAGGGUCCUCAAGUCUCUACAAGCGCGACCGUCCUCCAACACCACGAUACCGGAAAAGGCACUCCUAUCGAAACGUUUGUCACAAUGCCUGAACCCCACGUUACCCUCCGGCGUCCACCAGAAAGCUCUCGAAGUCUACACCUAUGUGUUCGACACAAUUGGCGCCGAUGGCCUAUCCAGGGAUCUCCCGCUAUACCUGCCCGGUCUUGCACCGACUCUCUCGUUUGCCUCGCUAUCGGUUCGGUCGCCUUUCCUCGAGCUGCUCGAAAAGUACUUCUUAAAGCUGGACGCGCGGUCCUUGCGCCCCGCUAUGCGAUCGAUAAUAUUAGCCCUCCUCCCCGGCCUGGAAGAUGAGACGAGCGAGGACUUUGAUCGCACGCUGCGACUGGUCGGGAGUUUCAAAAAGGCAAUUCGGCCGACCGGUAGCAAAGAGCUGACAGGUCACCACUCCGUUGGUGACGACUUCUUUUGGCAGUGCUUCUUUCUGGCGUCCAUUACCAGUCACAGCCGACGCGCUGGUGCUUUGGCCUAUCUAGUGCGACAUCUUCCAGUUCUCGGGGCUCCGGCUGGAGCCACGGAGGUCGACGAAGGCAGCCAAGAACUUGCCACAAUGGUGACGUCGCCUGAGCCAGGGUUGCUGGUUCGAUGUUUCGCUAGUGGUCUCGCAGAUGAACAGGUUCUUAUUCAACGCGGAUUUCUUGACUUACUCGUCACGCACCUGGCGCUCAACUCCAAAGUCCUGCAAACUCGUGUCAAAUCAUCUGAUCUCGAGCUGUUGCUCAAGUCGGCUGUCGGAGUGGUCAUCAGACGAGACAUGAGCCUGAACCGCCGCUUGUGGGCUUGGUUACUUGGUCCGGAGCCUGUGGUUCCGGAAACCGAACAAGCUCAUGAUGCCUCUGGCGCUUCAUCGGAGCAGCAACAUGCCGAUCUUUCUUUUCGAACUCAAUAUUUCGAAGAACAUGGACUCGCAGCACUGACCAGAGCGCUCCUUGCUAUGAUCAAAGACGUUGAGUCCAGUAGCGUUUCAGAACGGGCAAGGCCGUAUCGUAUUUGUCUCUCUCUUAUGGAUAGAUGGGAAAUCGGCGGGCUGGUCGUUCCAGAAAUCUUUCUACCUAUAGUCCAGAGUGUCCAGCGCUUCAAGCAGAAAGCUUCGUCUCCGGCAGAGUUCAAAGAAGUUUUGCGAAGUGCGAGUGUCUUCUUCGAUGGCAUAGAAAGUGGGCUUAUCUAUAGUGAGAUUGUUGCUCUUCUUGCCCAAGCUAUCGGACCUGGCAGUUUGGGAGCCAAGCAGCGCAGCGAGAAGUUAUCGCUGAUUAGCUUCAUUGUCGCCAAUUUCAACGUCAGAGAAGAGGAAAUGGUGACUAUACACGCACCUCUGACCUGUCUCGCUGCUCUUUACAUGCUCGAAGACCGGCAAGAAAGGCAUGCAAAGGGCGGGUUGGACUCAUUUCCCGUAGAGUUGGCGAAUGAAGUCUUGUCGAUUGUGGCGUCAUUCUUGGACCUUAUCCCAGAGCGCGCAUUUCCGGCGCCGUCGACGAAGGCUACAACAGAACUCAAAGCCUUUUCCUUAUCCAACAUGGAUCUAUUGAAGAAAAUACGCAACUUUUAUGUAAACGAGCAAGGAAACCUGGAUGCCUCGCCAGCUCCAUUCACCGGUCAUGAGUCUGGUCAACUUCUAAUUCGGAGGGCUGCCAAGAAUGUUUACGGCGGCGAUAAGCAGACUGGCCUCUUGGCCGAAAUCAGUCUACGCGUGCGGAUUUUCCUGCAGGUACUUACGAAGACCCCUAAGCAAUAUGAAUUCGAGGACGCAGAGCUUCUUACCUUCACACGCCGAGAGCUGUCGGACGAGAAAGCCCUUCCAUUUGCUGCGUUUUCGUCGAUCUUGACUCUGGUUAGCCAGAUGUACUACACGGGCAGGAUAACACUUCCGCAAUUGUGCGAUCUGGUGCUGCCUCUGGUUCGUCACGCUUGGUCAUACUUGUCUGUAUCCGAACCCAAAUAUCAUGUCGAGACCGUUCGCGGCCUCUGGCAACUGCAAACAGCCCUCACUUUGGAACGCCGCGAUAUCGAGGCAGCUUUGUCCACUUUGAUCGUCGAAAAGAAGAAUCGUGACAACGCAGAGAUGGGCCGGACAUUUGGUGUCCUUUGGUCGCACACCUUGCAGGAUAGCCAAGGUGAACGCCGUGGAUCAAGAACGGCAUCACUAGCCGAACCUCGUCCAAGGCUGGCAGGCGCAGACUUAUACGAGGUCAUGCUAACACAGCCUCUAUUUCUUGUCCUGGACGCUUUAAUGGAUGAACGAACUCACUUGUAUAUGAAUGUCAAGUCGUGGCUUAAUAGCAUGGUCGGCAUUGACAGACUUUUCCUUUUAUUUGCAUCCAAAAUUUCGGCCCUCACUUUCCUAAAAAGCAUCAGAAAAGCUGUUUCCACUGACGAACUGGAUGCAACAUCUCAGCAGUUUGCUGAAGGCGACGAUCUGGACCUCUGCCUGUACUACCUCCGAACCAUGCACAACGUUCUAGGCUGUACUGGCGAGGCUCCUUGGGCCAUUAUGGGGUCCAAGCACGUUGCACCUACGGGCGAAAACCUGCAUAUCAGCACCGGCGGCGAAGGAAACGAAAUGACACUCCAGGAGCUUCUCCUUCGAAUCUUGAUCCGAUGCGUUGCUGGAAAGUCCGAGACACCAGAGAGCGACCUCGUCGACAGGACGUGCCAGUUACAGAGAUACACUCUGAUGAUUUUGCACCAAUUCCUCAUUGCGUCCCAAUCCAGCCGUCUGUCUCAUUUUCAUGUUGAGAACAUUCUCAUCGAUAGGCUCAGAAAGUCCAUCGCCGGUCCUGACCCUUAUAUCCAAGUGCUGCUUCUAGAUUGUGUUUUUGCGGCUCUCAAGCUUCAGGAGCCUCAGGCACCUGAGCGCCCCCUCUCCGCAACAUCUGAGAAAUACCACUCGUCGACGACGGAUCUCACUCGUCCUGGGAGAUCUUCGAUAUCAAAUGCGGACAACCACCCGCCACAGCAUAAUCUGCCUCCGCAACUUUUAAAAUGUCUCCUCUCAGGUCUCGGUGCUCAAAAUAGUCAGCUUGUUCUUGACAGCUGGAUGACUUUCUUGGGCGGUUGCCUUCCGCUCUACGGCGGCUCCAUAUUCCAGAUUGUCAUCCCGCUCGUCGAGACUCUCUGCAAGCAGAUUAGCACGACCUUUGCAAAUUUGAGAGCUACAUUUGAUCCGGCGAACAACACUUCUGGUGCUCAGGUUGCUGCGCCAGAGACCACACUGAUAUACCUCUUGAAUGGCCUAGAGCAGGUCCUUGCUCGAGCGCAUGACCAGCUCCUGGCAGACGAAGCGCGCGCUCAGGUGAUGAAAAGCCCCGAUCAACCACAGUCGCUGUUUGGCAGCAUGGUGUCUGGUGUUUUCCAGUCAGACGCCCCACAAGGCCGCAGCGCAACUGCAAAUGACCGCCUCACUGUACAUCUGGCUUUCCAGGAUGCAGUCCGUAUCUGCUACAAAAUCUGGUCUUGGGGUCAAGGUGAUGACGCCGCUGCGAGCGACACGUCUGCGGCUGCUUCAUUCAUGUACACUUCCUUGCGAAUGAGAAAUCGUGCCAGACGACUGCUGGAGCAUCUCUUCACAGCUGAGACACUGGAGUGCCUGGAAACCAUUGUCGAUAUUUGGAAGCAGGCCCCCUCGGAGGUUCAAAAGUCCGAAGUCUUCAAGUUUCUAGCGGCACUCGAGGCUUCUCGUCCACGACAAACGGUGCCUUCCAUCUUCAACUCUAUAUACAGCCGAACAAACCCCAGCGCUCUAGACCCUUCCCGCACAUCAACAUUGACGAUAUCGCUCGACGACACAGACUUGGGCUUGUUCUUGGUCAAGUACACGCAAUCACUUGACGAUGAUGCCAUGGACGAGAUCUGGCAAGACUGCAUCAUCUUUCUCAAGGAUAUCCUCGCCAAUCCCUUCCCACACCGGCAAACACUCCCAAGCCUGAUUGAGUUUGCAGCCAUCCUGGGCGAGAAGGUGGAUAAUACCAACUUUGGCGAACAACGGAAGAUGCGACGAGAGCUCGGCGACCUCUUCAUCAGGCUGUUGGCUGGUCUGUUUACGACACGGCCCAUCACUUUUGCCGAGACGACGUCGCCCAAUGCAGCUGCGGAAAAAUCCAGCAGGGGGGGUUCCGUUGAGACUCGCGAUGUCGUUGGCAUUCUGGCCUCCGUGGUGCCCAACCUCUCCAAAGUCCUUCCCGAGCCAGACAGGGUGCUCUCUGCCGCGGGGACAAUUUCCACAAACGUCAUUGGCCCUACGUUCCGCACCAAGAGCUUUCCCGACUCGGUGACGCGCAACACGGUGCGUCUGCUGCACGAGCUGUCCCGGCUGCCCAACAACCAAAAGUCGUGGAAGAAGGAUGUCGGCGAGGCCUUCAACGACGGCCGCUUCUUCGGCAUGGGCUUGUCGCUCGUGACGGACGACUGGCUGCCGCUGCUCCGCCAGUGGACCGUCGCGGACAAGGAGAAGCUGCCGGAGAUUGUCGGGCGCAUCGCCGCGCCGACGACGGCCGGCAUCGUGUUUGGCGUCGGCGCCACGUCGGCGCGCCUCGAGGCGGACCGCAAGACGCAGCUCAACCUGCGCCGCGUCGCGACGCUGCUCCUCGCCGGCGCCGACGAAGCCUUUGUCACUGACCUUCCCGCCGUCGUGGACAAGCUCGUCGAGCUGCUCGCCGCGUCGGCCACGUCGUCGCCGUCAUCGACGACGCGCGCCGACGUGUACAUGGUGAUGCGCGCUCUCGUGCUGCGCACCAACCCACUGCACCUCGCCGCCCUGUGGCCCAUUGUCAACGCCGAGCUGCACGCCGCGCUGUCGUCGGUCGUCGCGCCCGACGGCAGCCCCGCCGCCGAGACGCACAGCGCCAACGCGGGCGUCCUCCAGGCCUGCAAGCUGCUCGACCUGCUCGUCUGCGUCGCCCCGGACGACUUUCAGCUGCACGAGUGGCUCUUCAUCACCGACAGCAUCGACGCCGUGUACCGCUCCUCGUCGUCGCGCCCCGUGGCGCUCGCCGACGAAAUCUCCGAGGACCUCGGCAGCGCGGCCGCCACCACCACCACCCACCACGACGAUGCAGCGGCGGGGGAUGGUGGCGGGCUUGUCGCGGCGGCGCAGCGCAGCCGUCGGCACCUGCUGAUUGGGCCGGGCGGCAUAUCAGACGACGUCGGCCUGGAGCGCCGCGACGAGCUCGUGGCCAAGGUGCUGCGGCCGUUUUUCGGGCAGCUCAGCAUCUUUGCGUUUGAGUCGACGUAUGCCAUGGGCGCGCCGGACGUGUCGGGCUGCGUGCAGAGCCUGCUGCGGGAUCUCUUUGACGACAGGACCAUGGUCAAGGCUCUGUAA